AAGCACAUUUACAAAUCCAAUCUAGCGAUUGAAAUUUCACCACAAUUACAAAUCCAAAGGAAGGACGAAGCUGGGGCCGAGGGCUUGGCUGUGGCGCUGUCAUGUCGCUCAUUGGCUAAGAUAGAGCAAAAAUAUUAGUGCCACUACAUCCAUAUCCAAAUCUCGUGAAAUAUAUUCGAUACUGAACCAAAAAAUGGGCUAACACAGCACUCGCCUGCUUCUGCCCUUCAACAAUGGCCGCAAAAUUCGCUCUUUCUUCUUCCCUCACCAUCAAAUUUCCCCUCCAACAAAACCCAUCUUCCUUCUUCGCUCCUCUUCCCUCAGGCCUCUCGUCGCCAAACCCAAAGCCCAAGUCCAGAGCUUCUCGCUUCAAACUUGUUGCAAAUUUAGGUGGUGGAGAUGCAGAGAUCAAGAAGGGAGGAGGGAAGAAGAAGUUUAUAACCAAAGAGGAAGAGCCAGAGCAGUAUUGGCAGUCAGCAGGGGAGAGGGAAGGGGAGAAUCCCAUGAAGACUCCUCUGCCUUAUAUCAUCAUCUUCGGGAUGUCGACUCCGUUCGUGAUCUUAGCCAUAGCUUUUGCCAAUGGCUGGGUUAAAGUACCUGUGAGAUGAAUCUGAUCAACCUCUUUGUGUACAUCCCACGGACCACCAUGACACUAGUAACCUGAGAUCUUCUUCCUCUUCUUCUACAUCAUCCCACCAAAUCCACUGCUUAUGCCUGUUUUUGAGUUGUAAUGUUAUUUCAGAAACCAAUACAAACCAUUGUAAAUCAGUUCAAUUUCGAUUUCGCAUCCAUUUCAAUACAAGAAUUUGUUGUUGGUGUCUUUGA